AUGGACAAACAGAGACAUUGCACUACUAUUGCAAAUGAGCUCUGCCAGAACCUAAAUCAGGAGCACUGGAUCAGGGGCAGCUCCAGGCACCUGCAGGAUGUGCAGAUCCGAUUCCAACCUCUUCAUAGUCCAGAUAUGGCUGCACCGAUCCCUCCCCACGGCUCCCAUGAAGAUUUCACGUUUCCAGACCACCUGGCUGACCUGGGCGCAGAAGGGCUGGGAUCGGAGAAGGGGUCCAUCCAUGGCUCCCAACCAGACUUACAACGCAUUGCAGACCUGCCCGUGCCAGCAGAUUUUCUUGCCCUCUCCAAUGAUGCCAAACCCAAGCUGAUGACCCCAGAUGCGUUCAUGACCCCAAGCACAUCUCUUCAGCAGAUUGCCAUGUCACCGGGAAGCAGCGUCACUUCCCUGACUGCAGUCACAGCCAUGAGCAGCACUUCUGUCACUGACCCCGCUGUGCCCAGGCCAUCUGAGGACCUGACUUUGAGCCCAAAGACACAGUUGGACACCAGCCUGACGCUGAGCAGCAGUAGCAGCAGUCUCCAGACGAGUCCUAGGAACCAUUCAGUCCUUAUCCCUGGACUCCCUGACAAGCUGACCCCAAAGGCCCCAGUCCCGGUCACUCCAGCAAACCCCCCUCUGGCUCUGGAGCUGCAGGAAGUGGAGCCCCUUGUGGUAGUCCAGGCCUCACCCACCCGUGAGCGCUCCCCAGACGUCAUUUCCUCGGCUUCCACGGCCAUGUCCCAGGAUAUCCCAGAGAUCACCUCUGAGACGCUGCAGCGCAGCUUUGCCGCAGCCCCGGCCAGGCUCCCUGCAGAGGUGCUGGAGCCCAACCACCAUGCGGACAGCAUGGCCUCGGCCGCCUCGGCCUUGCACUUGCUGUCCCCAAGGAACCGGCACAGCUCCGAGCACAGCCAGCACUCCCUGGACAUGGCCCCCGGGGAGGUGGACAGGCUGACCACACUCUCGUUACUGGAGACUGCUUUAACUCAGGAAAAUGCAUCUUCCAACAGCGUCGUGAGCCAGCCAUGGCCAGCGGCCCCCGACAUCACCAGGGAAACCAGGAACAGCACAGCAGACAGCCCAAGGGAUGACAUUGCAGAGAAGCACAAGAGCUCUUCCUAUCACAGGCACAGCUACCACCUGCUGCAGCACGACAGCCAGGAUGCCAGCGCGGAGCAAAGUGACCAUGAUGAUGAAGUUGCAAGUUUGACUUCUACAUCAGGCGGGUUUGGUGCCAAAGUAUCUGCACAGAGGCUGCCUGUGAAGGACUGGAAAGCCAAGGUGUCCCCUGGGGCUUCCCCCAAGCUCAAACGGAAGGGCAAAAAAGAUGACGGGGAUGUGACCCAGUCCCCAAGGUCAUGUGAUCACCAGGUGACCGCCGAGUGCCAGGAUGAGCUGAUGUCUCUGCUGCGGAGCCAACAGAGGGAGCUCACGGAGCUGAGACAGAACCAGAUGGAACUAAUGCAGAGACUCACUGACCAUCUGGAUGCUGUGCAGAGCUCCCUCAUGGGUCACAUGGAACGAGUGAUUGAUUCUCAGCAAGAACAAGAGCAGCGGAGGCUGGAUCAAGCUCUGACAGAGGGGCAGCAGCGGAACGGGCAGCUCCAGGAGCACCUGUCCCAGCAGCUCUCGCAGUCCCUCUCCACUGCUGCGUGCAAUCUCCUGGAGAGGACCAUCCGCGAGGAGAUGAAGAAGACGGUGCCCCAGUGCAUUUCCAAGAGCCUGGACCCUGUCACUGGCCAGCUAAGCAAUACGAUUGCCGCCAAGCUCACGGCUGUCGAGGGGACAUUGAAGGAAAACGUCACCAAGCUAGUGAAAUCAAAGAACCUGACAGGUGCCAUUGCGAGGGCAGCAGCGGAUGCUCUGCAGGGGCCUAUCCAGUCGCCGUACAGGUUCCAGAGCGUUGUGUUGCUGGCGUUUGAGAAGACCUGCCAGUCCAUGUUCCAGCAAAUGAACGACACCUUCAAGCAGGGGACGCAGGAAUAUAUCCAGCAGCUCGAGACUCACAUGAAGAACAAGAUGGCGUGCGAGCAGGAGGCCCAAGACUCCUUGCGGGGCCAGCUCUGGCAGCUGAUCAGCGCCUUCCAGAGCAGCACAAAUCAGCUGGCCUCCACCAUCACCACCAGCGUGCACACCGAAGUGCAGCAUCAGUUGCACAUCAUUGUGGGCAACAUGCAGGACUCUAUUCUGACACAGGUGCAGAGGGUCAUCAAGGGAGAGGUGAGCCUGGCCAUGAAGGAGCAGCAAGCGGCCAUCACCUCGAGCAUCGUGCAGGCCAUGCGCUCUGCAGCAGGCACGCCCAUCCCCUCUGCUCACCUGGACUUCCAGUCUCAGCAGACUCACGUCCUGCAGCUGCUGCAGCAGGGCUGCCUCAACCAGGCUUUCCAGCAGGCUCUCAGCAACCUGGUCCUAUACGUCUGUGAGACGGUGGAUCGUCAGCAGAUGUUUGGACAGCCCCCAUGUCCACUCUCCCAGCCCAUCCUCCUAUCUCUCAUUCAGCAGCUCUCCUCAGAUCUGGGCACCCGCACCGAACUGAAACUGAACUACCUGGAGGAGGCAGCGAUGCACCUGGACUACAGCGACCCCAUCACCUGAGACCACAUGGGGUCGGUCAAGAACCAGGUGCGGCAGAAGCUCUUCCAGUUCCUGCAGGCAGAGCCCCACAACACCCUGAGCAAGCCGGCCCGCCGCCUCAUGAUCAUGCUUCAGGGCCUGGUCACCCCCAGCAUGACCUAA